CCUUUGUCCUUCCCCCAAUUAAUGGUUUCUUCUCGUUUCUCCUCUAGUAUAUUUUGUUUAAUGUUUCUUUUCUGGGUUUUCUAGGUGAUCCGACGACUCUUUGUGAUUGUUUUUUUUUUUUUUUGAUUGUUUCAUGCAUGUUAUUUAGGGAAUUUGUUAUGCAGAGUACUCAAUUGCGGUAGUAAUGUAUAUCCUUAACAUUAACCUAAGGAAGCCCUUAUCUGUUUGAUACGCUUUUCUGAAAUUAAUAUCCUUAACAGUUAGCUUUGAUUAGAUGGCUCAAAUGGUUAUCUUGAUUAUUGUGAUAAAACUCGUGCCCACUAAUUGAAGUUGUGCCUAUUCCUCAAAUGAUGCAGGGUUAUUGUUUUCUGUUUCAAAAGAUGACAUGCAAAAUCUUUUUCUUUUGUUCUGGGAUUUCUUAUAUCAAUGUUUUCCCUUGAAUUUAUCAAGAGAGCUUGCUUAUGGAUAUUGGCAUACAAGUUCCAAUAAUGAAAAUUUUUCUAUUGCUGUUACAGUGUUUAGAUUUUGAGAGGGGGAAAAGUGUUUACUUAGGUGGAAUGACUAGGUCAAAUGGAUAUUGAACUCGAUCUGCUGGUAAAAGAUCAAGCUACAAGCAUAAGAAAGCCUUUGGUAAAUUGGUGAAUUCGGAUGAUAGGAUUAGUAAUUUGCUGAACUCGAUACUCUGUUCCAUUCUGUCUUUUCUUCCACCAAAAAAAGUUGUGGCAACCAGCAUUUUAUCAAGAUGAUGGAAGUUUCUGUGGACUGAAAGUCCCUAGUUCUCAUUUUGAAGGUUUCAGUGUGUAUUGUAGCCAUAGUGAAUGCUUCAUUAAAAAGAUGAAAGUUGUGAAGUUUGUUGACAGGGUUUUGCUUCUCAGUGAUGUGCAAUCACUACAUAAGUUCUGUCUGAAGUGGGAAUUUGACUGUGAUAUCUUCAACAUGAAUAGAUGGGUCACCCCUGCAAUUGCUUGUAAUGUUCAAGUGCUUGAUGUCUCUCUUUAUUGUCCUGAUGUAUGGUAUAAAUUGCCUAGGAGCCUCUAUACUUGGGAAACACUGGAACUUCUUGAAUUAUCCAAUCAUAUUGUCAUCAAAGUUCCAAACUUCGUCUGUCUUCCUAGGCUUGUUACCCUGAACCUUAAUUUAGUUGAAUUUGAAUCCAAUGAUUCUGUUCAGAAGCUUAUAGCUGGCUGUGCAGUAUUAAAAUCCUUACAUAUCAAAAGAGAUGUUUGUCCUGAUGUGGUUAUUAUUGCAAUAUUAUCUCCUGUUCUAGAAAGACUAUAUGGAUGCUGGAGGGUUCCUAAGCAAGUUCCCAGUUGGUUGCUGUCAAGUCUCAGAGAAAUUUUUAUUCAAAAUUUUACUGGCCUCAAAGAUGAGCUUUCAACAGCAAGGUAUCUUCUGAAUCAUGGAAGAGCCCUCAAAAGAAUAAAGCUACAUUCUGGUCUACCUCCGGAUGACAUCAAGGAAAAGUUCCGCUUAAGAGGAUAUCAAUCUUCCCCAGAAAGUCAUCUACAUGUGUGAUUGAAUUUGCUUGAGAUGGCUUCAAUGAUCGUGGCCGUUGAGCUUUUCCCAUGGGUGAUGUAAUUAAGGCAGAAUCAAGGUUUAAUUUCUCGAUGUUAAAUGCAUUUGAAGUUGGGUGCACAAAUAUGUUCUGCUGUGCUGGUUAUUCAUUAAAGGAUACAAUCUAUGUGAAUAAAGUAUCUUGCUAUCAUUGUUUUGGCAAUGAGGAAUUUUGUUGGUCCUUUAUGUUUGAACUUUCUAUACGAACUCUUCUUUUGUGCUUUUCAACAAACAUUGUUCAUUUGGUGUUGUUUAUGACAUGAUUGUACAAGCUUUGAACUUUGCAUGGCAGUCUUGCUUCAUUA